UCUCCUCUUGUGCUUCUCUUUGUUCUGCUCUGACUCCUCUCCUUCUGCUCUGACUCCUCUCCUCUCCUCUCCUCUCCUCUCCUCUCUCCCUGCACAUCAUGGCACGCAUAGCUCAGCUUCGCUCCGUGCUCGUCCUCUGUGUCAUCGCCGGAUGCCUGUUCUCGCUCAUCAUCGCCUCCAGUCUCGGCAAGCAGUCCGACCCACGCAAUACCGUCCGCCCACUCGACAAAUCCGCCUCAAAUCCACCGGCCCCUAUCGCCUCCGUCGUCUCGUCAUCCGACCCCCAGACCUCAGCACCCUCCGCCGUCUCCACGGGCUCGAGUAGCAAGCUCGAUGCCCAGGAGUCUGAUCUCGAGGAAUCUACCUGGAAGCAGUCAAUCAUCUCCACCGCCUCCGGACUCAAAGACACCGCGCACGACCUCCUGCACUCUGUCCUCGCGGCCGUGUCCAGCUCCGGCGACGGCGAAGAGGCGCUCGAAGAGGAAGACGCCGUCGAUCUCAACGUGAUCUGCGAGGAUGCCUACAAAAUGCCCGGAUACCUCCACGCGCCCGAAGACUACCACUUGUCCGUGUACGUCCCGCUCUACGACGACAUCAUCUCGACCCUGCCCGACCCCGACUACGCGACCAAUCUCGGGUCGGUCGCGGCCGAGACUCUCGACGCCGAUCCGGAUCUGAUUGCAAACAACACGCCCGACUCCGAGAUCGUCAAGCAGGCCCCGCACUCGUGGAUGCUCGAUCUCGUGCGCCAAUCGACGCUGCUGCGCAAGUUGCAAGACGCCCCCGCGGCGAUGACGGCGACCGACAACAGCACGCUGCGGACGCUCAACUGGCGGCUGCAGUGGCUGCGGCAUAAGCGCGUGCUGUUCCUCGCGGACUCGGUCGAUCGGUACAUGAUCAUGUACUUUUGCGAGGAACUCGGGUUCGAGAUGCAGCUCGGCAACCGCAAACACACUACCGCGUUCUGCAACGUGCCGUACCUCAACUUCACCCUCUACCACUGGCAUCUCGCGUCCUACACCGCCUACCGCCCGCUGUGGUGGUGGCAGCCGGGAAUGAAGUACAUCACGUUCGAGGACAGAUACAACAAACUGUUCAAGAGCACCCUCCCCGACGUCAUCGGCCAAGACGGCGUCGCGCCCGACCUGAUCAUGUACCAAUCCGGUCUCUGGGACCAAGUCACGCUCGGCAAGCAGCGCAAACAGCACGACCCCGCCAUGGGCGUCGAAGAAGCCGUCGCGCGCUCGCUCACCUGGCCGGAGCUGCGGUACUUCCUCGCGCGCCAGCGCCAGUUCAUCACCCACCUCCGCAGCAUCUUCGGCCAGGACUCACGGAUCUUGUAUCGCGCGCUGACCGUCCACCGCGAGGAAGGCGAGCAGGACCUGAUGCUCUACGAUAUGGACCGCACGUCGCGCGCGCUCGCGUACGCAGAAGACAUCGAGGUCUUUGACUGGGCGCGCGUCGUCACCGGCCAUACCGGCGUGUUCAAAGACCGCGUGCACGUCCGCAAGGGCGUCAUGUCGUGGCUAUACCUCAAUACCCUCAUCUCGUACCUCUUCCGCGCGAGCGGCGGCGUCGAGUCCCGGGGUUUGAUGAUCAGAUAUCCAAAGGAUUACAACGCGACCGAGAUGGGCGACGCGUGGAAGGAAUGUCACGCGUACAAUAUGUACGGCAUGCCAGAGAACCGCUGAUUUCUGGUGACUUAUCCUUUGCUUGUGUUUUGUGUUGCAUCGUUCUUUCUUCAUGUGUAAAGUUUUAAACAUUUGUGGCUAUUUUUUAUUAUUUAUUCCGUUGUGUCGUUAUUUUAUCGCGUGUAUCAUAGGUUUUUCUGAUUAUA